AUGCACCUGGGGAACUACUUCGGGGCGGUGCGGAACUGGGUGGACCUGACGGAGGAGUACGACGCGCUCUUCUGCGUCGUCGACAUGCACGCCAUCACGGUGCCGCACGACCCGAAGGAGCUCCGGGACUCGGUCCGCACCACUGCGGGCCUGUACAUAGCUAGCGGCAUCGACCCCGAGAAGUCGUCGAUCUUCGUCCAGUCGCACGUCAGCGCGCACGCGGAGCUCGCGUGGAUCCUGAACUGCACGACCCCGAUCGGGUGGGUCGAGCGCAUGAUUCAGUUCAAGGAAAAGGCGCGCCGGCAAGGCCAGGACGUCUCGCUCGGCCUCCUCUCCUACCCCGUGCUCAUGGCCGCGGACAUCCUCCUGUACCAGGCCGACCUCGUCCCCGUCGGCGAGGACCAGAAGCAGCACCUCGAGCUGGCGCGCGACAUUGCCGAGCGGUUCAACCACCUGUACGGCGGCAAGAAGUGGAAGAAGCUCGGCGGGCGCGGCGGGCGCGUGUUCACGGUGCCGGAGCCGCUCAUUCCGCCCGAGGGCGCGCGCAUCAUGUCGCUCCAGGACGGCACCUCGAAAAUGAGCAAGAGCGCCGAGAACGAAAAGAGCCGAAUCAACCUCCUCGACCCCCCGGACGUGAUCACGAAGAAAAUCAAGUCGGCGAAGACGGACCUGAUCGACGGGUGCGAGUUUGACAACCCGGAGCGACCGGAGUCGACGAACCUCUUGACGCUGUACGCGCUGGCCACGGGGAAGUCGCGCGAGGAGGUGCUGGCGGAGUGCGGGGCCAUGCGCUGGGGCCAGUUCAAGCCGACGCUCGCGGACGCGCUCGUCGCGCACCUCGAGCCCAUCCAGAAGAAGUACGCCGAGGUGCGCGAGGACCCCGCGUACCUCGACGAGGUCCUCCGGCGCGGCGAGGAGGCGGCCAACGAGACGGCGUCGCGCACCAUGUACAACGCGUACCAGGCCAUGGGCUUCGAGCCCCGCCGGCGCACGUAG